CGGCAUCAUCAUGUCUUCUGGAGGUGUUCUGCUCCUGCUGGGACUCCUCACCCUCUGGGCAGAGCUGACCCCUGUCUCCGGCAAGGGCCGUCCAGAGCUUUGCUAUCUUCCUUAUAAAACGGAGCCAUGUAAUGUCAAUAUGCGGGCCUUCUACUACAACUCGACUUUAGACAAAUGCGAAGAGCUUACUUAUGGUGAAUGCCCCGGCAAUGCCAAUAAUUUUACAACCAAAGAUAAAUGUCGCUACACCUGUGUUGAAAAGCCUGGAGUGUGUCCCCAGCGCCCUCAUCAACCGGGCCAGGGAGGCAAGCCAGUUUGUCGCGAGGAUUGUAAAAACGACUGGGGAUGUCCUGGGAAGCAGAAGUGUUGCCGUUACGGAUGCCUGGCUGAGUGCAAGAAUGCCGUCCUUGAGAAGUUUGCGUCACCCACGAGGAGACCCACCCGAAUUGGAUCCAGUGUUCCAACUUGAAUCAAAGAGCCUUCUUCCGUCCUGAACCACCCUGGAGACCCUCCCCC